AUGUCACACGAUGGCAAAUCUUUCACAUAUGUGAAUCAGCUGGCCUCUAGCAAUACCGAUCUGUCCAAACGCGAGGACUGGUUCACAGUUGCCUGCUGCCCGCCAAACAUCUUGCGGUUGCUUGCCCAGAUUGGAGGCUACAUUUGGAAUACACACGUGGACUGUACUGGGGUCAGCCAUGUCGCCGUACAUUUGUACGUCUCGUCUGAGUUUGAUCUACGAAUCAGGGGCGGUGAAGCCAAGAUUCGUCAAGAGACGAAGUGGCCUCACGAAGGGGAUGUGCACUUCAGCAUAACACCCAGCCAGGGCAUGGUCAGUCUUAUGCUGCGUAUACCAGGCUGGGCUGUCGAGUAUAGCUCCCGCACAGUUGAGCUCAAUCGCUGA